UCAUUGGAGGGAAAUAGCCUGGGAGUGGCCGGAAGGAGGAGAGCCAGAGGAGAGCGAAGAAGAAAGAGGAGGAGGCGUAGGACGAAGAGGUCGACCAGCUCUACACGAAUCAGGAUUUUCCUCAUUAUCUCCACAGCAUCCUUCUAUUUACGGCAGCAGCAUGGCCGAGGGCUCAGUGAGUGCAGCGGAGGUGGAGACCGCCUUCCAGAAGUUUGCGGUCCACGGGGACACCAAGGCCACGGGGAAGGAGAUGAACGGCAAGAACUUUGCAAAGCUUUGCAAAGACUGCAACGUCACAGACGGGAAGAACGUCACCACCAUAGACGUGGACAUAGUUUUCAGCAAAGUCAAGGCAAAGUCAGCUCGUGUAAUCACAUUUGAGCAAUUCAACCAGGCCCUGACUGAACUGGCUGCCAAGCGUUUUAAAGGCAAAAGCAAGGAGGAGGCGCAGCAACAGCUCUAUGGUCUCAUUGUUGGGAAGGAGCCGACCAAUGUCGGAAUCACUAAAGUAGCGAAGGCAGCAGCUGUGGACAGACUGACUGAUAGCACCAAGUACACUGGAUCGCACAAGGGGCGGUUCGAUGAUUCUGGCAAAGGAAAAGGGAAGGCCGGGCGCGAGGACAUCCCAGACAGUAGUGGCUACGUGUCAGCAUACAAGGGCAGCGGCACUUAUGAAGACAAAGUUAAAGAAGCAUAAUUUUGUUGAAAGUUUAGGAAAACUUGAAUAAGGGGUAUAACAAUAAAUAAUUGGCAAAUGUAUUUUAAAAGAUGAAAGAAAUAUACAUGUUGAAUGUACUAUGGGCCAAUUCAUUACACUCAACACAAAAAAGAAAAUUCAAUUGGAGCUUCAAGGUUUUCGUAAGUGAAAUUAAUACAUUAACCGGCAGUAACAGCUGAGGAGUGUUCUGAAAAUAUUUUCAGUUAUUUUACAGGGACCAAGAGAUUAAACUGCACUCUGCUUUAUACUGUAGCUUAACACUGUGCCUUUAAAUUGCUUCAUCUGCUUCCGUGAAUGCUCUGAAAUAAUGUGCUGCUAUUCUCAGCUAAAUUGAUGCGAUGGCUAAAAAUGUAGCCUGUUUCAAGAAAUGACGCUGUCUGUAGUCUGUGCUUCACUUGCUAAGCUUUAUAUUUCACUGCCUUUUGCUACAUGGUCAAUCAGAGCCCUUUCUUGUUGUAGUUACAGGAUUCAUUCAUAUAAUUGAAAUAAAGUAUGUUAUGUGGACAAAUGUAACCAGAAGUGAAAAAGACAGAUUUUGAUUCUAUAAAAAAAAGAUGUAGAUAGGAUACUCUUAGAUUAUUUUUAUUUCUUAUCUUUUUCCUAUUGAUCAAAUCACAUCAUUUCAUUUAAAUGAAAAAAUAAAAGAUCAUUCCUUCACUGCUUGAAUGAAAGGCUCACGUGAAUAUAUGUAAAAGCUAAAAUAAAUAUUUGAAAAUGCAA